CCGAAAUCAAAGUCGGAUGCCUAACCAACUGAGCCAUCCAGUUACCCCUGUUUUUCUUUUCUUUUCUUUUUUUAAAUAUGGAUGUAAAAUUUAAGUUCCAGAAAAAGUUCUUUAAAACGGUAUGAUUCUACAAACAAUCCAAUGUGAUUUGGUUUUUGUGAACUUUCUACAAACAAUCCAAUGUGAUUUGGUUUUUGUGAGCUUCAAGAUUUUGCUACCAAGUGUCAGUUUAUCUUUACCAUCUCAUGUCAUCUAUCUCAUGAAGUGGUCUUGUAUUGGGGGGUAGAGAAACCUGUGCGUUUUCUCUCUUGGAACUAGGGCAUUUUCCCUAUCUGCUCAACAAGUUAGAUCCAUCAAAAUAAAUUUCCCCUUCAAAGAAAGGAUGCUGCAGGGUGGAUGCUGCAAUUUAUUUGGAAAGAAAAAUAAAAUAAUAAUACCUACCUGCUUAUAAGAAUAAGGCAGAGAAGGAUGUGAGAUCCCCAAUUCACAUGCAAUUUAAGUCUAAAUGAGAGGGGGAAAUAGCAUGAAUCAAUUUCUGAAGGAACAAAACAUCAUAAAUAGCCCUCGGAUGGCAAGUGAGUUUCACUUCUGCUUGUGUGAAUGUGGUUUGUGACUGGGGCCACACAGGGCUAUAUACCCCAGCUGGUUCCACGUAUCUAUACCAAGGCAAAGAAACUGCAACCAUCUUCUCUGUGGACUCUAGAGCCGAAGCAGAAAAAGUGACAUCUGAUUUUUGCUACCAGAACACAAGUUAUCCUGGAGGUCUACAGUGGAUUUGUCUAUUGAGAGGACCAUAUAUUUUGCUUUGUUUCCAGUGCUCACUAUGAUAUGGUACCCAACAUUUUGUGUGACUGUGGCUCAUUAAGCUGCUGUCUUCAGAAAACAACAGAUCACUUUCUUCCUUAGGGGCUGAUUCUCCUAAGUGGACAAAAGCAGGUAUUUGCAUAACAGGAAAUGGAAGACACGGAGGAUUUUGUGGGCCCGGGACCACAUUCAGGUGAUGAUGAUGUGUUUAAAGAACCAAUGAGGAAAAGAAGACGUUCUCUUGACCAGCGGUUCAGAGCAUUUCCUCCUGUGGAACAAAGUGCUUUUAAGGAAUAUGAAAAAUUGGAGUCACGGACCAGAAGGGUUUUGAGCAACACUUAUCAGAAACUUAUUCAGUCUGUCUUCCUUGAUGACAGCAUUCCUAAUGGAGUCAAGUAUCUCAUAAACAGGCUUCUGGCCUUGAUUGAAAAACCAUCAUUGGACCCAAUCUACAUUGGAUUAUUUGGAAGCACAGGGGCUGGGAAGAGCUCCCUGAUCAAUGCCAUCAUCCAGCAAGCAAUGUUUCUACCAGUAUCUGGAGAAAGUAUAUGUACGUCAUGUAUUGUACAAGUGAGCUCGGGCUGCUGUGAGCAGUAUGAGGCCAAAAUCCACCUUCUCUCUGACCAGGAGUGGAAGGAAGAGCUGAAGAAUUUGACUAAACUCCUGCACAGGACAGAGGACCUGGGUGAAGAGGUGGACACUUGGGACAGGGACGAUGCUGUGGAGGAAGCCAUCUGGAAGCUACAAAUGUUUUAUGGAAAUGGAGCAGAAAGAAAGAGCUAUGAAGAGUUACUAAGGGCAAAGCCCAAAGGAAAGAUUCCCACCUCCAGAAUCAUCACCCUCAAGGCAGAAGAGGCAGAGGAGCUAUCUGUCAAGCUGGACCCCUACAUCCGGACUCAGAGGAGAGAUUUGGCUGGAGAACCAACUGAGACACAGAUCUGGCCCUUGAUCAAACAUGUGGAAGUGACUUUGCCCAGAUCAGAGCUGAUUCCAGAAGGGGUUGUGCUGGUGGACAUUCCAGGCACAGGCGACUUCAACAGCAAGAGAGAUGAGAUGUGGAAAAAGACCAUUGAUAAAUGCUCAGUGAUCUGGGUCAUCAGUGACAUUGAAAGAAUUUCUGGAGGAAGAGCCCAUGAAGACCUUCUGAAUGAGAGCAUCAAAGCCUGCCAAAGGGGCUUCUGCAGGGACAUUGCUCUGGUGGUCACCAAGACUGACAAACUCCACCUGCCGGAAUAUCUAAGGGAAAGAAAAGUGGGAAAUCAGGCUAUUUCAAGUCAGCGGGAGGCUGUUUUAGAAAGAAACGACCUGAUAAAACUACAAAGGAGUAGAAUUCUCAAGGAAAAACUUAAGAGAAAACUGCCCACUGACUCCAAGGUUCUCAAGACCUCAGAUCUGGUUUACACAGUCAGCGCCCAGGAGUACUGGCAGCCGGCUCUCCUCACUGAGGAAGAAACUGAAAUCCCCAGAUUAAGAGGCUAUAUCAGGAAAAGACUCCUGGACAAGAAGAAGAGGAUGGUGACCAAGUAUGUGACUGAAGCCUUUGGUUUAUUGCUUCUCACAGACAGUUUCAACUGCAUGGAACAUCUGCCGAAUGAAUACUUGCACAUGAGUGGCCUGCGGAGAUUUGUAGAAGAGAAGAUACAGCUUCUAGAGAAGGCCAUUGACCAGUGCUUUUCCCAUAUAGAACAGCCUCUGCAAGAAGGAGUCCGAAAUGCCAGGACUUCCUACCGACGGAUCCUUGGGGCAUGUCUGGUGAGGAGUAGAGGAAACCAGGGCUUCCACCAGACUCUGAAAGCUGUUUGCCUGAAAAACGGCAUCUAUGCCUCCAGGACUCUCGCAAGAAUAGAUCUGAAUGAAGCCAUCACUCAGCCCAUCUAUGACCAGAUUGAUCCCGUUUUUGGAGGCAUUUUUAGGGCUGGAAAGCCCACUGGUUCCACUUUGCUGCCCCAUAUAGAAGCUUUUAAGCACACUCUACAGGAGAAAAUGAUGGAAAUGGGAGUAAGAAAUGGAUGGAAAUAUGAUAGCUACAAAAAGAGUUUCCUGAUCCAGGAGAUAAGUGCCAUUCUGGGAGGCCUGGAGGAUUAUAUCUUCAGAAAAAAAAGGAAGAUCUAUGAGUCUCUCACCACCUCUGUUCAGAACGACCUCAAGCCCUGUUAUGAAGAGGCAGCUCAGAUCACUGGCAAGAAAGCAUGUGAGAGAAUGAAAGAUGUCAUCAGAAGAGGGGUGGACCGGCAAGUGGCUGAGGGCAUGUUUGAAAGGGCUCAGGAAAGGAUGCAACACCAAUUUCAGCAACUGAAGAAUGGAAUCUCGGAGAAGGUGAAGGGCAGUAUCACUACCAUGCUGACCCUUGCUUCAUCCCAGGGAGAUGGUCUCUACAAGGAGCUUGCAGAUGUUAAAAGUGAGUACAAGGAGAUGGAGAAGCUACACAGAAGCCUGAGAGAGGUUGCUGAGAACGCCGUGCUGCGAAGAGGCAUGCAAGAUUUCCUUUUGAAAAUGUCCCCAAGCAAAGCUGUUCCCCACAAAGAAUAAAUUUAUUUCUUAGGGCUUAGCACCAAGUAGAUGAAAAACAAGCCUGAAAAACAAACCAGAAUCAUUUCUGUUUUAAAAAAUGUAAUAAAGAAUAUCUUCCAACUAUUUGGACUUUUUAUAUGAUAUAAAACUCAAAAUAUUGUUACUUCUGGAAACAGCUGACUGCUGGGCAUCAUCAUUUCAUUUUUAUUUGACAGCCAAAAAGAAUCAUCUUGAGUCCCUAAUGGAGUUUUAAAGUUUUAGGACAAGAAACUCAUGUUUCAGCAAAGAAAAAUAUCUGAACAUUUAAAAACUUAAAUAUUACAAAAAAAAAAGCCCCUUGCAAAAUAAAGCUU